CGAUAUUUCACAAGACAAUGGGCUCGAGGCUGGUGUGGUGCCAUUUAAAGCUGGACAGUUAAAUUCCAGGAGAUGAGCUUAAUGUUUACAAAUUGAUGUUAUUGCAGAACGAAUACUUGUCUAAUACAUAAAACGGAUUCUUCGAGGUGAGAAAAAACAUGUUAUUUACCUUGAGCUGAAGAGGUUGGAACCAGUAACACUCUGAAAUAUUUAAUGGAUACAAAAGCAGUUCUGCAUCUGCAUUUUACAGUACUUUAGCCAUAGAGACUAAUGCACCAGUUGUUCUUGUACCAGUAAUAGAAAUCAAGUCUGAAGAUGGACAGUUUUCAUCAAGCUUCAUUUGUGAAAGUUGGAGAACACAAGGCAAUUUCAAAGUCAGAAAUGUUAACAUUGCUUAAGACAUAUAACUGUUAUCAUGAAGGUAAAAGUUUCCAGUUAAGAAGUCGAGAGGAGGAAGGGGAAUUAAUUAUAGAAGGUCUGCUUAACAUCUCUUGGGGUCUAAAAAGACCAAUCAGACUUCAGAUGCACGAUGACAAUGAACGAAUGCAUUUUGCAGGCUCAGGACAAUGGAGAGUUGAUCAAAGUUCUCUGAACAGAAAUGAAAGAUCUGCACAUAAUGUUUCAGUGGAGAAAGCUGUUGAAUCCAAUAAUAAUUCUGUAAACAAUGAACUGCUCUCAGUUGGUGUAAGAAAUUCUGAGAUAGAGGAGGAAACACCACAACUAAUGAGAACAAAAAGUGAUGCAAGUUUCAUGAAUGUUCAGAGAAGAUGCAAAUAUCGAACUCCAGGAGAAAUGCAGAAAAUUAAAAGACAUCGAUUUUCCAUCAAUGGGCACUUUUAUAACCACAAGACUUCAGUGUUUACUCCAGCAUAUGGAUCGGUUACUAAUGUCAGAGUUAACAGCACUAUGACUACACCACAGGUUCUGAAUUUACUGCUCAACAAAUUCAGAGUAGAAAAUGGUGCUGAUGAAUUUGCAUUGUAUGUGGUUCAUGAAUGUGGUGAAAGGACUAAAUUAAAAGACACUGAUUAUCCACUAGUGUCCAGAAUAUUGCAUGGUCCUUGUGAGAAGAUUGCAAAAAUAUUUCUAAUGGAGACCGACUUGGGAGAAGAAGUAACAUAUGAUGUAGCCCAGUACAUAAAGUUUGAAAUGCCUGUACUUGACAGUUUUGUUGAAAAAUUAAAAGAAGAGGAAGAGAGAGAAAUUUCAAAAUUAAUGAACAGGUACAGAACACUAAAAUCUGUGAUUUUACAGCAGCUGAGUAUUGCUGAAGGUGACUACGUUUGACAAGGAGACACUACAAUAUAAAUUAUGUCUGUAUCUGGGUUUUGCAGUUUAGCUUUAGGUAGUAUUUGCCUGCUAUUUUUUCAAAACAAAAGUACAAUGCAAUGAACUUGAAUGAAUGCUAAAAUGGCAGGUGUAGAAAGUUCACUGUUUAAUGUGCAAGGAAAAAAAAAUCUCAUCCGGUCACACUCCGCUGACUCAUGUGUGAGUGGAAGUGGAGCUCGUAAGGUAGGCGGUCUGAUGGAGGGCUUUGUUGACUGGAACUCUGGAAUUUCCUAUUGCACUACAGAAUUAUUCACACAACAUGUGUCUAAUUCAGUUAUCUGAUGAACAUUAUUACUUGUCUAAAGCUAAGGUCUCUAAUUAGAAUGUAUGAUGGCCUUCCUAAAAUGAGUGCAAAUAUCAUAUCUUGAAAAAUGACCUGCAAACUACUGUAAGCCUCUUAUUUUGUACCAUGAAUGUAUACACUUAUGAAUAAAGAGAGAAAGUGGUUUGGUUAGCUUUCAUCUACACUUUAUAUUACUGUACUAGGAAACUUUCUUUCUGUAAUAUAUAAGAAAACAAUGAUCGCCAUGAAGCAAUUUAUUACCUGUACAGGACAAUUGUAAAGAAACAACCUUGUCAGUUGAUAUUUUGACUUUCCUUAUUGUUUAUUUUUAUUUUACUAUAUAUAUAUAUAUAUAUAUAUAUAUAUAUAUACAUACAUUCUGUACAUUAUUUAGUUAUUAGCAAAUUGAUUUCUACAAGUGAUGACAGUAAAUGAAAGCAUGUUUGAAAUGUAUAGUCAUCUUCAGUUUAUUCAACUAAUAUUCACUUCUGUUAGUAGACUACCUGAGCAAUGUCAAAGACUUUUCUUAUUACAGUAGCUUCAAGCUUACAUUUUACUUAAUGCUUUGUGUACAUUUGCUUUUGUUUUCUCAUAAUUUUACUUGUCAAAUACCUCCUUGCUGCUUUGUAUUAUUUCAAGCUUUCAAAUUGUACUUGGUUUAUACUAAAACUGUAUAAAGAGGAAAUAUUUUUACAGCAGUUUUUGUAGAAGAGUGUUCAAAACUGAAACCCUGAGCCUCAAGAAUGUACAUUCAAAAUGUUUAAUAAAACAUGUUUCUUAAAUUUGA